AUGGCAGCAUGUAAUGGUGGAGCUAUGUUUAUAAAAGCUGUUAAUUGUGAGGGUGAGACCAAGGACAAGUACCAUAUUGCCAAAUUAAUCAGUGAAGUGAUUGAUGAAGUGGGUCCUAAUAAUGUAAUUCGGGUAAUUACUGAUAAUGCUCCAGUUUGUAGUGCAGCUGGAUCAAUUAUUCAAGGUAAUUAUCCGAAGAUCUUUUGGACACCUUGUGUAGUUCACACUCUUAAUCUUGCUCUUAAGAACAUUUGUGCUGCGAACGAAGUUGGAGUUGUUGCAUAUGCUUAUGAUGAAUGCCAUUGGAUCACUACUGUGAUUGAUGAUGUAAUGUUUGUGAAACAUUUCGUCAUGAAUCAUUCUAUGAGAUUAGCUAUUUUUAAUGAGUUUGUACCUUUAAAGCUACUUUCUGUUGCAGAUACACGCUUUGCAUCUGCAAUUGUUAUGCUAAAAAGGUUUAAACUUAUAUAUCAUGGUCUCCAAACAAUGGUCAUAAGUGACAAAUGGGCUUCUUACAAGAAAGAUGAUGUUGGGAAAGCAGUUGUUGUAAAGGAAAAGUUGUUGAAUGAUGUUUGGUGGGAUAAGAUUGAAUAUAUACUCUCAUUCACAUUGCCUAUUUAUGAGAUGCUUAGAUUUUGUGACGCUGAUAAGCCAUGUCUACAUUUGGUUUAUGAGAUGUGGGAUUCAAUGAUUGAACGGGUGAAGGCAUCCAUCUAUAGGCGUGAAGGGAAGUCAGAAAAUGAAGAGUCAUCCUUUUAUUCUGUAGUGCAUCAAAUAUUAGUGGAAAGGUGGACAAAAAGUAGCACACCUCUUCAUUGCCUUGCUCAUUCCUUGAAUCCAAGGUAUUAUAGUGGGAUGUGGCUUCAUGAAAAUCCCAUUCGUGUUCCUCCUCACAAAGAUGUUGAAAUUUCUGAGAUAAGAAUCAAGUGUUUUAAGAGAUACUUUCCUGAUUCAGAUGAGAGAAGGGUUGUUAAUACAGAGUAUGUGAAGUUUUCAGGUUGUUUGGAAAGUUUUAGUGACUCUGACUCAAUAUGUGAUAGAGGGGUAAUGGAACCAGUGGUUUGGUGGUUGGCACAUGGCUCUUCUGCACCUAUGCUCCAAUCCUUGGCAGUGAAAUUACUUAGCCAACCAUGUUCGUCAUCAUGUCGUGAAAGGAAUUGGAGCACCUACUCUUUCAUUCACUCUAUGAGGAGGAAUAAAAUGACACCACAACGGUGCGAGGAUUUGAUUUUUGUGCACUCCAAUAUUCACCUCUUAUCAAGGUGGAGUCAACUAUACACAGAAGGAGAGACCAAGUUAUGGGACGUUGGGGGAGAUGCAUUUGAUUCAUUGGAGGGUUCUGGUUUCCUUGAAAUUGCAAAUCUUUCACUUGAUGAGCCAGAGAUGGAAGCUAUUUUAUUCAAUGAUGAAGUUGAUGGAAGUGAACUUUGA